UUUUAUUUCAUCAUGUUCUGACUGAAUAAUGAAUCGAUUGGAUCCCAAACCUCGGCAUUUACACGUAAAUCAUGGCACCCAACAACAAAGCUGCGUACCUAGACGGUGCUAAGAAACGACCCCUUUCGGUCCGCGAUGCACCAUAUACAAGCCCCGGCCCAGAUCAAAUAGUCAUCAAGAAUUCCGCCGUCGCCCUGAAUCCACUCGAGGCCUUGAAGCAGGCACUGGGAAACCUGCUGUACGGACAUGUCAAGUAUCCCUUUGUGAUGGGGUCUGAUGUUGCUGGUGUUGUGGUUGAAGUCGGCCCCAACGUGACGCGCUUCAAAGUCGGAGACAGGGUGGUCGGGCACGCCCUUGGCAUGGAGAAGCACCACAACCAGUCGUCAAUGUGUGGAUUUCAGAUGUACACGGUUCUGCUGGAAAAGAUGACCUGCCCCGUUCCGCAGUCAAUCCCACUUGAGAAGGCCGUGGUAUUACCGUUGGGACUGUCCACAGCGGCCUGCGGCCUGUUUCAGAAGGAUCAGCUUGGUCUGAGACAUCCCAAGGUCGACCAGGCUGGGCUGGACGGGUCUGGAAGCGACAUCCCUACCGAGAAAGAGGUGUUGCUGGUCUGGGGCGGCUCGAGCAGUGUCGGAUGCAAUGCGAUACAGCUCGCAAAAGCAGCAGGCUACGAUGUGGUCACGACCUGCUCGCCACGAAACUUUGACCUGGUAAAAUCGCUCGGCGCCACGGCAGCCUACGACUACCGGAGCAAAACGGCCAUCGAGGAUAUUGUGCAACACCACUGCCUCGGCAGGACGGUCGCGGGCGCCAUGUCCAUCGGCGACGGCGGAGCAGAGGCCUGCGUCGAGAUCUUGGGCCGGAGCAGUAAAGGCAACCGCUUCCUGUCCAUGGUCAGCUACCCGAACCCGCCCAACAUCGACGCCGGGAUCCCUUCCCGUAUCGUGUUCAUGACGCGUUGGAUGGCGUCCAUGACCGUCAAGGCUUGGACAAAAAGGGUCCGGUCAAAGUUUGUCUGGGGAGCAACUCUAGAGCAGAACGAGGUCGGGGAGAUGAUCUAUAAGGACUUUCUCCCGUUGGCUCUGGAGCGUGGCGUGUUUGUGCCUGCACCGGCCCCGGAGGUGAUUGGGAAUGAUUUGGGGUCAAUUCAGGAAGGCCUUGAUAGGUUGAAGCCGAUACUUGGGCAGACGCUGCAAAAGCUAGCGGCCAUGGUUAGCGUCGUCUCCCACAAGGCAAAGGCUCCAAGCAAAGAGUCUCUUGCGACCGACAUUGAACCCGGGAACCCAUCAACAGUACCCACACCAGGUGCCCGACAACGCGCAAGCGAGUGGUUCGCCACAUUCUCGCAGGAGGGGCUAUUUCAUAAACCUUUACCUCCAUCCAACGAUGGUCGUCAUGUUCCCAUAAGGGUUGCGGGAAGCCAUGAGGGCGACAAAGCUAAUCAUCUUAUCGAUGAGCGCCGGGGUCAUGGUUACCUUUCCAAUGCGAUCCGAACGUCCCGUUACACGCUGUACGACUUCUUUCCAAAACAGGUGUGGUUUCAAUUUUCGCGUCUUAGCAACUUCUACUUCCUCUGUGUUGGAAUUCCGCAGACCAUACCAGGAAUUAGUACGACCGGAAACUAUACCACGAUUCUCCCUUUACUUUUUUUUGUCCUCCUCACCAUUGCUAAAGAGGGCUAUGACGAUUACAAACGUCAUCGUUUGGACAAGGUCGAGAAUGCACGCUGCGCAACUGUUUUGCGCCCUGUGUCAGGGGCUGACGAGGUAUUGGGUACUCAGCGUCAGUCGAGCUGGCCACUCCCUCACUUUCUUGGCAAGUACUUCCAGUCAAAAGCUCUGGAAGACAGGAGGGAACCUGCUGGCGAAGGUUGGGAGUGGAGAAGUUUGCAAUGGAGGGAUAUCGAAGUUGGCGAUGUCUUGAGACUAUCUCGAAAUGAAGAUGUGCCUGCAGACCUGAUACUAGUCCAGGCCGAGAGCGAGGAUCACAUUGCAUACGUGGAAACCAUGGCUUUGGAUGGCGAGACGAAUUUGAAAAGCAAAUCUGUCCCCGCGAACCUGACCAAGCUGGGAAGCAUCUCUGAUAUUGUUCAGUCUGGCCUUCAAAUCGUGGCUGAAGAUCCAAAUCCAGAUCUUCACAAUUUCGACGGGCGCCUUACAAUGGCUGGGGAGACCGCUCCUCUAACUAUCAACGAAGUUCUCUAUCGAGGAUGUACACUCAGAAACACUCCAAGCGCAAUCGGCCUUGUCAUCAACACGGGCGAGGAGUGCAAAAUCCGAAUGAACGCGAACCGCCAUCCCAAGGCCAAGAAACCUGCACUUGAAAAGACGACCAAUCGUAUUGUGCUCACCCUCGUUGCUGGAGCUGGUGUCGCCGUUCAGGACAUUGUUGUUGGCUACGCCAUCCACUUUAACAACAUCAUUCCACUGUCGCUAUAUGUCACCCUGGAGCUCACCAAACUGUUUCAGAUGCUGAUGCUCAACGGCGAUAUCGAGAUGUAUGAUGAAGCAUCAGACACUCCUGCCAAGUGCAACACGAACACGAUUCUGGAAAACCUCGGUCAAGUUGGAUACGUAUUCUCGGAUAAAACAGGAACUUUGACGGAAAACGUCAUGCAGUUCCGCAAGAUGAGUAUUGCGGGAAUUUCAUGGCUACAUGAUACGAGUCUGCAAAAGCCGGAUGACCAUUCUCUCGUUUCCACUUUAGCCCAAGUCGCUUCUUCAUCGUCUUCGAACAGAGUAAUGGCCGUGCCAACCGUGGUAAUGUCUCAUCAGCCCGAGCGUCGGAGCUUUGUGAUUCCAGAGGACUGUGAGAUACCAUAUGAUGUCCCGAGGGGUCGCACACAGGAGAAAGAGAAAGAGACUUUCCCGCGACGGUCAGGACUAUCAGCAACCUCCCCGCGGAGGUCUUCGUUGCAGUGGAGAUCGUCUGGUCGACCAGACCUCGAGCAGCCAAAUUUGUCUUCAGCAGACCUGCUAGAGUACAUUCGUCACAGGCCAAACUCCGCUUUCGCUAGAGCGGCGACUGACUACCUCCUUGCCCUCGCCCUUUGUCACACGUGUUUGCCAGAAUACAACGACGACGGCAUUGACUUUCAAUCUGCUUCUCCCGACGAACUGGCACUUGUCAGGGCGGCUCAGGAGCUCGGUUACCAAGUGGCACAGCGAUCAUCACACUCAGUCACUCUUAGGCUUGGGUCUGCAAACGGUGGCGAGGACAUCCAGGAGGUUGUUUAUGAGAUAUUGGAUGUUGUUGAGUUCAGCAGCAAACGGAAACGCAUGUCCAUCAUCGUCCGCUGUCCCGAUGGGCGUAUACUCCUUAUUUGCAAAGGAGCAGACUCGGCCAUCCUACCGAGGCUUAAGCAGGCGAAUCUUGCGUUGCAAAAGGUUCAAGAGGUUCGGCAGAGUGUCGAAGCCGAGAAAGAAGCUUUGAGACAUAGCGAGGCCCGUGAGCCGAGAAAUAGCUUGGGUGGAAGGCCAAGUCUCGAUCUACGGCGGCACGGUGGAUACGCCGAUGCGGGAUCAUCUGGCCUGGUACCCAAGCGUCCCUCGUUUGGCAGCAGAAGCAAGUCUUUUGAGACGCAAAGCAGAGCCCGGCGCUCAGCCGACCUAGUCCGUCCUUCACUACAGCUGCGGACCAUGUCAUUUGACCUUAAGCGCUCGCGGAAUGAACCUUUGGGGAAUGCAUUAUUGUCACCCCCACCACUGAUACAACUCCCAGCCAAGCUUGAAGUCCUCGAGGAUCCGUCAGUGAGUGACGAUGGUGUCGUUUUCACGCGAUGCUUCAAGCACCUGGACGACUUUGCCUCCGAGGGUUUGCGGACUUUGGUGUAUGCGCAGAAAUUCCUUUCCGAGUCGGACUACACCUCGUGGAAGAAGCUGUACUCUGAUGCCACAACCAGCCUGGUGGAUCGCCAAGAACGUAUCGAAACCGUCAGCGAGCUUCUCGAACAGAAUCUGGAGCUGGUGGGGGCGACUGCCAUUGAAGACAAGCUCCAAAAGGGGGUCCCCGAGACCAUCGACAAGUUAAGGCGUGCAAAUAUCAAAGUAUGGAUGUUGACUGGUGACAAGCGUGAAACUGCCAUCAACAUUGCGCAUUCGGCUCGUAUUUGCAAACCGUAUUCAGAUGUUCACAUCUUGGACUCUAGCAAAGGUAAUAUCGAAGGCCAGCUUGUGGGAAUUAUGGAGGAACUGCGCGAACAGAAAAACAGCAACAGCCUUGUACCAAGCUUUCAGAACAACCACAAUGUUCUUGUUGUGGAUGGUCAUACACUCAGCGAGAUGGAGCCGUCACAACAUUUGUCGGAGCUGUUUUACUCACUUGCCCCAGCUGUCGAUAGCGUCAUCUGUUGCCGCGCAUCGCCAGCCCAAAAAGCACUUCUAGUGCGCGCAGUUCGUCAAAAGAUUAUUCAAUCGACGCCAUGUGGGAAAAGUGCUACUCGCGGUGACACUCUUCUCACUCUAUCGAUUGGGGAUGGUGGUAAUGAUCUGGCCAUGCUUGCCGAAGCCCAUGUUGGAGUGGGCAUAUCAGGCCGCGAGGGACUGCAGGCGGCACGUGUCGCCGACUACAGCAUUGCUCAGUUUCGAUUCCUCGCGCGGCUGCUGCUCGUCCACGGACAUUGGAACUACGCGCGUACAGCGCGCUUCGUCCUGGCUACAUUUUGGAAAGAGAUGUACUUUUAUACAGGCACCAUUGCCUAUCAGUAUUUUGUGGGAUACACAGGUACAUCACUCUAUGAGAUGUGGAGCUUGACGGCGCUCAACCUGCUCUUUACAAGCUUGUGCACCAUAUCCCCGGCUCUCUGGGAGCAAGACCUCAGCGCUACCACACUGCUUGCGGUGCCGGAACUGUAUACUUUUGGACAGCGCAACCUAGGACUGGAUGUGACCAAGUAUCUGGGCUGGAUGCUCGCUGGCAUUGCCGAGGGUCUGAUCACCUUUUUUAGUUGUUGGGCUAGCGUAGGUGUAUUUGGUGUGACUGGCGACAUUGGUUUGUACGCCAUUGGAAACCUGGCCUUUAGCAUCGCAAUGAUGUGGACAAACUGGAAACUACUGAUAAUCGAGACGCACACCAAAAACAUCGUCAUACUGGGUUCUUUCUUGAUAACGGUGGCAGGAUGGUGGGCUUGGCAGGCAUUCCUGUCAGGCUCGUACUCCCCCUCCCCAUCACCUUAUGCUGUCCGCGGGGGUCUAACGGAGGGCUUCGGCCGCGACCUUAGCUGGUGGACCUGUCUGAUCGUCGUGCUGGCGGCCCUCAUUGUGUUCGAGAUGGGCUACAAAGCAGUAAAAAGGCAACUCAUCGUCGGUGGGGCGCUAAGGAAAAAACAGCGAAAGGCCAAGAGUGUGCUGGGGAGGAUAUUAAAUCGAGUACUCUGUGGGCUUUUUGUCUCGACGGGGCUGGCGGCUGCGGCCGGGAUAAAGACUAAUGCCGAGGCCGAAGCCGACGACCUGAGGCGGCAGGAGGCGCUCGAGAAUGAAGAGGAUCUGGACCUGGAGCUUUGGCAGGAGCUGGAGCAAGACCCGGAAGUGAGGGCCAGAUUGGAGAGGUUGUGUUGGGCGGAAGAGGAGGAUGAGAACGUGGGCGAUGGUGAGAAUUAUGAGGACGAGGCGCAAGAAAGCCAGGUUGGUCGGCCAGGGGCUUGA